AUGCUCUCUGGGGGCCCGAAGAGGCGCAAGGUCUGGAAGACCGCGGAAGCCGCCCUGCCCAAGCGCGGCGGAGGGCGGGAAGCGUUCAGGCGCGAUGAGGCCCGCAUGCCCGGCGAAGGAGACGACGACUACGACUGCAUGACCUUCGACGCCCGCGAAGGCGGGAGCACAAGGCCCCAGGCUCGCUGGAACAGAUUCAAAUGGGCGUUGUUCGUGUCCAACCUGGUGUUCACAGUGUAUUCCAUCGCGGGGCUGGUCGUCUGCCUCACGCUGUGGUUCAACGUCUGGGGCAAGGCGGACAUCGUGCGCGUCGGGAACCAGCCCGAGCUCGUCGUCUCCACGCUCGCGGCCGCGCUCGGCGUGCUCACCGCGCUCGUCGGGUGGUCUGGCAUCUUGCUCAACAACCGCGCAUUCCUCUCGCUGUACUGCGUGCUCACGUGGGCGUGCUUCGCGCUGCUCGUCGCGCCGGGCUACAUCACGUACAAGCGGCGCGCGUUCAACCUCGAGGGCAAGCUCAACCAGCAGUGGAGCGAGGCGCUCGGGCUCGCGGGCCGCCUGCGCGUGCAGAACGUGCUGCACUGCUGCGGGUACUUCUCGCCGUUCGUCGAGGCGACCGUGAGCCAGACGUGCUACGCGCGCAGCGUGCUGCCGGGGUGCAAGGCGCCGUACCUCAGGUUCGAGCGCGCGAUCCUGGGGUGGUGGUACACGGCCGUAUUUGCGCUCGUGCCCGCGCAGAUCGCGGUCAUGGCCGUCGGCCUGCUGUGCGCGAACCACGUCACGUACCGCUUCGGCAAGGGCAUGAUGCCCCGCGCGUACCGACUCGACAUGAACAGCCUUGCGAUCAUCAUGGACAAUUACGCAAGUCAAUUGGCGGAACAGUAUGGCGUGGAUGUCGCCGCUGAGGUCAUGGCGCGCUCUCGUUCGAACCUCCAACUGGAUGCAAUGCCCACGAUGCCCUACUCUCGGAGCUCAACUGUUUCUUUGUCCACCCCAACCCGCUACAAUGUGUUCUCCAGCAAGACUACUCAGAGCGCAGUGGCAUCUUGA